AUGAAUGGUGUCAUUAAUCUUGAGUCAAAUGAUUCUGAGUUUGUCGAAGUUGAUCCUACUGGAAGAUAUGGAAGGUAUAAUGAAGUUCUUGGUAAAGGGGCUUCAAAAACAGUUUACAGAGCGUUCGAUGAAUAUGAAGGGAUUGAAGUAGCCUGGAACCAGGUGAAGCUCUAUGAUUUUCUGCAAAGACCAGAGGAUCUGGAGAGAUUGUAUUGUGAAAUUCAUCUCCUCAAGACUCUGAAACACAGGAAUAUUAUGAAGUUCUACGCUUCCUGGGUUGAUACUACCAACAGGAACAUCAAUUUUGUGACAGAAAUGUUCACCUCUGGUACUCUCAGACAGUAUAGGCUGAAACAUAAGAGGGUUAACAUUAGAGCAGUGAAGAAGUGGUGUAGGCAGAUCUUGAUAGGACUUCACUAUCUCCAUACCCAUGAUCCACCUGUUAUACAUAGAGAUCUCAAGUGUGAUAACAUUUUUAUUAAUGGAAACCAAGGAGAAGUAAAGAUUGGUGAUCUUGGCUUAGCUGCGAUACUGCGGAAAUCCCACGCUGCUCGUUGUGUAGGAACGCCGGAGUUUAUGGCUCCAGAGGUAUAUGCAGAGGAAUACAAUGAAUUAGUCGAUGUUUAUUCAUUUGGUAUGUGCGUUUUGGAAAUGGUGACAUUUGAGUAUCCCUAUAGCGAAUGCACUCAUCCUGCUCAAAUUUAUAAGAAAGUGAUCUCUGGAAAGAAACCAGAUGCUCUUUACAAAGUUAGGGAUCCUGAGGUGCGUCAAUUUGUUGAGAAAUGUUUGGCUAUGGCGUCUCACAGGCUGUCUGCUAGGGAGCUUCUCGAUGAUCCGUUUCUCCAAAUGGAUGAUUGUGUUUCUGAUUUGAGGCUGUUUGAUUCUUACGAAGAUUAUGAUGGACCAGGUCCUAUGUUAAGACAACCUCACAGUAACAGUUUUCUAGUUGAAGCAUGCUCCAAUUAUCUUGGCUAUGAACAAGAAAAUGGAAUAGAUUGCCAUUCAGUUGAAUAUGAUGCUCAUGAAAUAGACCUUUUCACAAGUCAUGAGGAUGAUAACUUGGGAAAUGUGGACAUUAGGGAAGACGAUAACAUCUUUCUGAGACUCAGAAUUGCAGAUCAAGAAGGCCGUGUUCGAAAUAUUUAUUUCCCUUUUGACAUUGAAACUGACACUUCCCUUAGUGUUGCUACGGAAAUGGUUGCCGAGUUGGAUAUCACGGAUCAAGAUGUGACUAAGAUAGCCGAGAUGAUCGACAGUGAGAUUGCUUCCUUAGUACCCGAAUGGAAACGGGACUAUGGCAUACACGAAAGUAUCGAUCACUCAAACAGUAAUUGCUGUCAGAAUUGUUCUUUGAAUGGUUCUCUUGUUGAAUAUUUAUCCACACACGACCUAGGCAAGAACCUGCAAGUUCUUCAAUGUUCUAAGCAUGGAUGUGGUGCUAUACAUGGCCGUUUCGAAGAAAUCACGUAUCGAUUUGAAGGGUCGGAACAAUGUGUUACAGAAGGAGCUCCUAUGGGAUCAAGCCAAUCGGUUGGUGUACUCUACUCUGAUAUAUGGUCACAACACGAGGGUCCUGAAUUAGUCUCAAAUUUUUCCAGUGACAAUCACUUUGGUAAUGAACACAGAAUCUUUCACGAGUCAACAAACAAUAAGAACGAGAAGAUCAUAAGGAUCGACCAGGAGGACGAUAAGUCUCCUUUGGCUCAAGAAAAAGAUAAAGAGAAUGAAGUAAGGCACAAACUGAGGUGGCUUAAAGCCAAGUAUCAAAUGCAGAUGAGAGAGCUUAAACUUGGAGAUCAACAUAAGGGGAUCGUGUCAAAUUCUUCAACUUUGAAGUCCAAUAACGAGAAGGAUAAAUUGUCACCGAGCUCCUCAAGUCUGUCGCAAGAAGACAAGUGUUCGACCUCAUUUUUCCCAGCUGAUGCAGGAAACAAAUGUGCUACCCAAAAGGUUCAGAGUUAUGAAUCUACUUUUGAUUAUUUUAGUCCAGUACAUAUGAUCACUGCCAAGAAUUUUUGUACUGGUGUCUACAGUCAGCUUGUGUUAAAGGGAAAAAUAUUACAAGCAAAGAUAUUGGAGAGCAAUAUGCUAAAGGUGAAGAUGAUUGGACCUGUAGCUGCACAGAAGGAACCUCAAGCCUCAAAGUCCAGAGACAAGACAGAGGGUGGAGGAGGCCAGGAAGCCUCAGAUUGA